AUGACUUCCAUGACUGUAACUCAGCCUCAACCUUCGGACGUCACCGCGGCUUCCUCUGUGAAUACGGAAGACUGCAUAGCCAUGAACAAAGAAACAAUUUCAACACCCGAGAAAGCAAUUAAUGAGAGCGGUGAUGAGCUGGCAAGCGAAGACACGAGUACCAAAGAUGCCACUGAUGUUCCUGUGACGCCUGAUGAAGAGACCGCGGGAGAGAAGGCUACAAGCGCCGAUUCACCCUCAAAGAAUGCUCAGAGCCCAGAAGAGCAGGACCUUCAUCAGACAUACCGCAAAUUAAUCAACGAAGUUGACCGAUUCUACUUCCUUCCGGAAGACCAGUCCAAAGAAAACCUCGCAAACGGCAUGGAUGUGGCGCAGGUCCUCUUGAAAUACCUACACUCGGUUGAAAGUCGUAUGGCAGACCUCACCAAGCGUAUCGGAACUGGGCAAGAGGACAAGAAGCAGGCGAAUGAAGCAGAACAGGGGGUUCCUCCAUCGCUCUCUUAUCAUUUCUUCCAUGCGGAUCGAGAGUUCAAUCUCGACGGGGAGCUGGUCGGUAAAAACGAUCGAAUUUUAGCCCACUCGAACAACCAAGAGCCCCAUACUCUCAUCCGGGCCGUUUACUCAUGGGCCGACAGCAUAGCAAAGAACCCUCCUAACCUACCCGACGGGGAGCCCCCUCGUCCUGAGCAUAUCAAUUUAAUUGCACUGGGAAUCUUCUCGGAGCCAAUUGCCAAGUUCUUCGAGAAAGAGUUGGGUUUUGACAGUGUGUCCCAUAAUGUGGUACGCAUUGGAGUUCCAUUCCGACCUCUUCUUCGAAACUUGCAAGCCAUUGAAAAGCACGCUGAGAUGCUUCAGAAACGUUUCGCCCCCAAGGAAACCCAGGAUAGAGAAGAUGCAGAGACUGCUAGCAAAGCGCAGCAGGAACAACAGGAGCAAGGGCAAAAGCAACAGAUAUCCGAGGCUAAUGAUAUCUUGCCCUUCGCGGAGAGCCCCGGAUUGGAGCCGAUAGUAGAAGAAUCCUAUAACCAGGAAGAGGCCCUCGGACAAUUCCAACUACUUUUGGAAUUUGUAAACAAUUACCUGAGCAGGCAGGUCAAUCUUUAUCACAGACUGAGCACUGGAUAUGGAGAAAAAGUCGCUUUCCCAGAUCUUUGGAUGCUCUUCGAUACGGGGUCCACUAUUUUCUGUCCGUCGCAGGAAGGUGGUGUCAAAGUUCAUCCCGGUGGAUACGAGGAGGAAAUUCACACCACCCAGAGAAGGCAUCUGCCGCAAGUGUAUCGUGUGUCGGCCACCUCAGGAGGUAUUCCUUUUUCCAAGAGCUUGGUCCCAAGGUAUCGUGCAUCGCAAUCAGACUUUGAUUAUAACCAGGACAUUGGCGAGGCAUUGUUGCAACCCGACAAGCUCGGCUUGACAAAGUUGCUUAGUUUGAAAAGUCCUAAUAUGUCGUACUCUCGGAGACCCAUUCACAACUAUUCGCCACUUCACGUGAUGUGCUUCUACAUUGACUUUGAUGGAGCCAACUUCGGUACAGUGACCGAAAUCUUCGUUUUCAAACCUUACGAAGGAGAGACCGAUAUCAAAGGCCUGCAGGCAUAUCCAUUGCAGUAUCUGCAAGCAGGAGGGGUUCAGUCUCCAGGGGGAAUUGACAAUAUAUCGAAGGUCGGCAGUUCAAUUUCGACCGAUGCUCUCAUCGAGCGCGGUCGAAAGUUCAUCGACGUGACAGCAGUUACUCAUAUGUCCUAUGAUGGUCUCACUGUUGGAACGACACGGGAAGAGAUCAACAGCGAGAUCAUGAUUGACUUCCGAACUGCACUGGACGAAUAUCGCGAAUCUUUUCGCGGUUCUAAGGCUGUGGUCCCGCAAUUCGCUGCAUUGACAGCCUUCUGGCCGUGUCCAGCCACGGGGGAGUUCUACGAGUAUUACUCCUGCACAGAUGGUGUCUGGGGUGAUAUAGGAAAUAUCUCGGAGCUCUACCCUAGUUACCAAAAGAGGCAACGACAGGAGAUGGAGUCCAAGAUCAAGACUCUAAUGGAAGAGUCGGGGUUCGAGAAAAUGCAUCACGCAAAAGACUUUGAGAGCCUGAAAGAGUACAUGGAGAAAAAUGAUCUCAUUCAACUUCUCCCUGGUGUGGUGCCAGGAUAUGCACUGCGAAAUCGAAGAUGGGUUCAACUUGAUUUAAAUCGACUGCGGUAUAUUAAGGCUGAGGAUGGGUGGAAUCGUCUUGUCCUACCUAAGGGCCAUCGCGAGAUCGUUCAGGCGAUGGUCGAGACUCACGCUAGGGGCUCCAGGUCUUCGGUCGAUAGCCGAGACGACAAAAUGGAAAUGGAUCUUGUACAUGGAAAAGGUAAGGGUUGCAUCAUUCUCCUUCACGGCGACCCAGGAGUUGGGAAGACAUCGACGGCCGGCGACAUCGGUUAUGUUCCUGAGGCUGUCGAAAAGAACAUGGAAGAGCACUUCAAGUUAGCCCGUAGAUGGGGUUGUGUUCUUCUUCUCGACGAAGCGGAUGUGUUUCUUGCUAAGCGUACUAAAAAUGACGUCAAACGAAACGGACUGGUGUCUGUGUUUCUGAGGAUUCUUGAGUACUACACUGGUAUUCUCUUUCUUACCACCAAUCGCGUCGGUGCCAUUGACGACGCCUUCCGGUCACGACUCCAUCUGACUCUGUAUUAUCCCAAACUGGACAAAAAACAAACUAUUAGAAUCUGGAAGACCAAUCUCAAGCGCAUUGAGUCGAAUAACGAACAGCGGAAAAGCAAUGGGCAAUCCAGAAUUGAAUAUGACAAGCGGAAGAUCAUCAAGUGGACGGAGCAAAAUUGGGACGUCAUGAGGUGGAACGGCCGACAGAUCCGCAAUGCCUUCCAGACAGCUAUUGCGCUUGCCGAAUUCAAAGCGGGGCAAUCAUUGAAGAAAGAAUUGACAUCUACGCCUCAGAUACCGACUCUGCAUCCAGACCUUUUCAAACUCAUUGCCGAGGCAUCUCUUCAGUUUAGCGAUUAUCUUCAGCAGACGCACGGCGGAGAUGAAGAAUACACUGCUGCUAGGGAUCAAACCCGCGCCCCGGACUAUGUACCUAGGAAGAAAGCAGUCAUCAAGGACUUGGAGGACUCAGACGAAAGCAGCUCUGAAUCGUCUUCUUCGUCCUCGUCGUCUUUGGAUGAAAGCGACACCAACACUCUGGAUUCCAGUACUAAUUCCAGCAAUUAUUCGGGUUCAGACUCAGAUGAGCUGAGCCGACCCACCAAAAAGGAUAAGUCGAGGCAUAAAGAAAAGAUAUCGGAGCCAGCGAAAGAUAAGACACGGAAGGAAAGGAAAAAGAAAGACCGCAAGGAGAGGGAAAAAUUGGAGAAAAAGAAGGCAAAGAAAGACCGGGAAGAUCUAUGA